UCUGGGCGCCGACUGUCUGGUGACGCCUUCACGCUUGGGCAACGGAGAUUACACACCACACACGUCUUAUCACGCACGCUUACUCGGCUUGACUCCCUCCACUACUGUGGCUCUCAACGCAGUACCUGCAAACCCCAUCCCGUCACCUUCCCGCCCGCCCCGCAGCCAACCAUCAUCGAGGCCACUCGGGUGUCUGCAGUCUGAACCCACCCAUCACCUUGCCCGCCCCGACCUUGCUUGCCCGUCUUGCCCCUCCUCGUCCGCAAGUGCGUGGCUACUCGAGUUGGGAAUACUGCGCGGAACGUGCAUUAGGAAAGCAGAAACACAGGAAAGCAGAAACACCGUGUCCAUCACGUUGGCCAGCAUACGGACUUGCUCGGAGCUGUACGAGGCUCCGAGCUGAGGAAUGGCCAAGCACCACGGCUGCCCCGAAUGUCAAGCAGCAUGGCAUGAGCAGCCGGAAGGCUUCGUGGAGCAAAGAGCAGCCUCGCCCACCCAGCAUGCCCAUCAGCCCGCGGCAGGCUCCAUCUUCAAUCCCUUCUACACCGGCCGACCACGCACGCCAGUCAGUGGAAACAAGUCGGUCUCCAUAGACCGUCAGGACCUCAUUCGGCGGAUCAAGAGAGGAGAGUCUCGCCCUACCUCCCCCGAACUCGAGCGAUCAUUCUCUCCCAAGCCCUCGCUGCACAACGUCCCACCAUCCCCGCUCGACGAAACGAGCACCAAGCCAACCGAACCCGCUCCCAAGACGACCCCAGUCGAGAUAGACAACCAGAGCAUCGGACAGCAAAUUGAGCGACCGCGGUCUGCCCUACAUCGUGGCGACUUUCGGGAAAAAGCAGACACCUCCUCCGCCUUUGAAAGAUUCGGCGAGAAUGGACGUGCCGAUACGACCCCCGCCCUCGCCACUUCCCCCGUAGCUCCAUGGCACUCCGACUUCCCCACGGCGGCAUUGCGUCGCAGCCAGCCCGCUUCAUAUGUCCCUGCUGCGCAUCCCUCCUCCCAGGCCAGGUCUAGAGCGAUCUCGAGUGCGUCUUUUGCUUCUAGCUUCGCAUAUAAGCCCCCAACGAGCCCAUUGGUGCAGUCUUCGAGGCCCGACACCCCCGAGCCGGCUUCGAGGCGGAAAUCGCGCAGUCCAGACAAGUCGAGACGGCAUACAUUCUCGCCGCACGCCCUUUUACGAGGCAGCUCCGCGCUAGACUACCCAACCUCGACGCGUCAACCGCCAGCUCUCCGAUCUGAACGGACUUACCCCUACCAAGCCCACCAGCCAAGGCGGUCAAUCAACUCCUUUGGAAGCCUGCCACAAACGCCCAUCUCCCGCGCGCGCCGCCCGUCGUUGUCGGACUCGCCCCUGCACCACGCUGCCAUGGUCGGCUCUUACGAAGAAUCGAUCCUGCGAGGUCGCAUGUCUACCACCCCUUCAAAACCCUUGAACUUCGUUGCCCAAAUUGGCGUCUCUGGACGAGGGGAGGGCAAGGCCAACUUACUCUGCCCACCGCACGCGACUGUCCCAUUUCCAGCGGUCUUCUACAGCUACGGCUCGGGCACGAGAAUUGUCAACUCCACCGAUCAGCCAAGCCCAUACGUAGGCCUGAUAGAUCUGGAGAACAGCCUGCCACCUGCGCAGACCUCGCCUGAAAAGGUGCGUCGUCGGGCGAAAGGGACUCUCAGCAAUGAAGGGAGCAGGUCCAGCUCGCACAAUCGAGCGGACGACAAUACAGCGUCUGAAGUUCAGGCAAGACGACGCAAACGGCAGAAGCAGAAGCGCCGCUCCGGCUCUCCUCGAGCACCACCCGGCGGCAGCUAUCGCAUUCCGCAGCAAGGACAGAUUCAAAUCGUCAUCAAGAAUCCCAACAAGACCGCGGUCAAGCUCUUCCUCGUCCCCUACGACCUCUCCGACAUGGAGCCCGGGCAAAAGACAUUCAUCCGGCAGCGCAGUUACUCUGCCGGCCCCAUCAUCGACAUGCCGCUCUCGUCCCGGACGAACCUCGGCACUGACCGACCGGAAGCCUCGAUACCCGCCGAUGAUGAUCCGAACGAUCGGCCGAUGCUGAGAUACCUGAUCCACUUACACAUCUGCUGUCCAUCCAAAGGCCGGUACUUUCUGCACAAAUCCAUUCGCGUGGUCUUCGCCAACCGCGUCCCUGACGGAAAGGAGAAACUAAGGAACGAGAUCCAGCUGCCCGAGCCGAAGUACAGCACCUACAGACCAGGGCGAGAGUCGAAUGUCGGUUUGGCGCCGAACACCACACCUGGUAGCGCAGCGCGGAGACGCAGUGCCAUUGAUGAAUCGUCCAUUGAGGCUCCCCGGCAUCCGCAAUUCCUCGCGCAGUCCCUUCCCCUGGCGGAGUACAACAUCCAGCCGCAAAUACCGUCGCAGCCUCUCUCUUUCCAUCGCACCAUUCUCCCGACGCUGGAAUCACGCCCCGCGAGCAGGCAGUUUGCAGACGACAUGGACGUAGACUCCGAGCAGACUCGAGAAGGGCCAGCGAAUGGUCCAAUUGGCUCUCCGCCAGUGUGGGAGCUGCCUGCUCCUCUGAAUGCCUUCCGGAAACUCGAUGAGCCGUUUAAUUUCGACCGGGAUCGCAGUCGAGAGCGGAAAGUGGAUGGGCAGAGUCAAUCGUUGCUUUCGCGGAAGCUGAGAGACUUGGCCUUCCAGGCUCAUGGGAAUGGAGGCAGUUGAUGCUAUGCGAUCUCGUGGACGAAACGGAGAGAUUGCAGAGACGUGUUGUGGAUCUACCUUGACAACAAGAAUAAUCAUCUCUUCUUAGAUACUGUCUUAGGUACCUUGAAUUGGAAUAGAACA